AUGAAGAAGGCAGUGGCGGUAGCAGCACCGGAAUUUGACCUGUACAAUGAAACUGCAAAUACUUUGUCCAACAUGAAGAAGGCAGUGGGGGUAGCCGUACCCCUGGUGCUGAUGCUGGCCGUCUCCGUGUACCUGGUCCUGAAGAAUGACUCAUCAAAACCAAGCGAUGGUGUCAUCAAAAGGUCCAUAGUAUUACCGAAUGACCUCCAGAAAGCACUCCGAGCUGCAGCGGCUAAAACCGCCCCAGCUUACGUCAAGAACAAGCGCUUUAUACCGGGCAUUGCAGGCGUUGCUGCAGAUCUGCUAUCAUCAGAGGGGGGUGCAGACAAUAUAGGGCAAUUGCCAGGCGUGAUUCAGAAGCUGGGGUCUCCGGAGAACAUGGGACCGGACAUCAUGUCGGACAGUGUCAAACAUGAGGCCGAGGUGACUGCAGAGGUGGAAAAGGAGGUCGCGGAAAAGACAAUAGACCAGCUACUUGCAGAUGUGGAAAAGAAAGAAGAAGAGGAAGAGGAAGGAGGUGAUGGUGGAGGAGAGGGUGAGAUAAAGGCUGAAAUCGACUUUGAAGGAGAAAAGGGCAUGGUGGAGGAGGACAUGUUCGCUCCUCCAGGAAUGAAAAUGAAAGUGGACAUUGAAGAAGAUCCCGAGACGGACGAUGAAAAUGACGACAUGUCCGAGGAAACGGCGUUCGCUUACCCCAUGGGGAUGGGAACUGCUCUGAUGAACGGCUGUUUCGGGACAGGAUACGUCCCAGGAGAUCCGUGCUACGACGACACGAGUGAACUUCCGUCCUGUUAUAACAUGAUGGAGGGUUGUGGCUAUGUCGGGGUCGGCUUUGACGGUCGUGGAGACUACAGCAGCACGUCCAGGAGAAAAUCUGUCGUGCAGAGGAACUGUGCAAACGCAGCAACUUAUCAAGGUGAAGACGUCCCGGACAACAUGAACGCCCACGGCAUCUAUGACACAGAAGUCACCUCCUAUGCUGCUGUGGACUCAGCAUGGGGUGGAUCAUCAUCAUCAGAGAAACAAAAGUUCAUGUCCCUUAUAAAAUGUGAUGUCAUCAGGUAUGAAAUCUUCCUUGAUGAGGUCACACCCGACUCCUUGAGCCUGGCUUUCUUAAGGGAUUUCCUGUCCCUUCCCAAGAAUUUCAUCCAAGGAAAAGCAAAACUCCAGGAUUUCAUCAUCCGCUAUGGAACUCAUUUCAUCAAGUCAGCCAAGUUUGGAGGUUCCUUCAAGCUGUUCCAGACGCAAGAAGCCACCAAGACUGAAAGUCUUGAGGACUUCUCCGUGCAGUCUGAGGCAUCUUACAGCUCCCUGUUUUUCAGCGGAGGGGGGCAUUACAGUAAUGAGGAAUCCAGUGGGAAUACCGCAUCGUCCCAGACUUCCAGCACCCAUUUGAUGAUUGAAGGAGGUGACCAGGAAGUUGCAGCCAUCGUUGCAGACUUCUACACAACCAGCUUCAAAGAAACCUUCACCGAGUGGCUCAAGUCUGUCCCGUCCUACCCAAAACCUAUCGAGAUGUUCAUGGGCACCAUGUCGGAGCUGCUCAACUUGAACUUCAAACUUCUGUUCCCCUUCGACAUCAGCGAUGCUGCAGAUGGCUGCUUUAGUAAGAAGUGA